ACUUUACUCUUUUUCUUAAUGGUCGCGCUGUAUGGCCCGGCCCACCAUGAAAAGUUUGUGUUUAUAAGCGCAAUAUGGCGACUGUUCGCGACAGCGACACCAGCCUUUGGCUUCACAAUAAACUCGGUGAUAAUGAUGAUCUUUGGUCUGGAAUUACAAGUAUUAGCACUCAACUUCACCAAGAUGUUCUUAGAAACACACAUGAUUGCUUUCAGACUCUACACCCGACUGUAAAACUCAAACUCUUGAUGGCAAUUCUCCAUAUGCCUCUUCGAAAAGUGGAAGAGUGCAAAGAAGAGCUGAGCGGUAUUCUCCAUCAAGCCCUCACCGAUACGGAUGAAUGGGUUGCCACAGUAGCAGACAUUCUAAGAUCGUAUCCCGUCUCUGGUCAGCUUAACCUGGAACUAGAAGAUAGUCAUCCAUUCUUGGCAGAAGCUCUUCAUGAACUGCGGAAAACCUUGGCUACAACAGAUACAAACUCUCUUCUACCCAUGGAAUGUAUCUAUCUCAACAAGAAUGCUCUCAAUCAGCUGGUUGGAAUGCAGGCUCCUCCCGUCAAGCACUUCACACUCAAGAGAAAGCCAAAGUCAGCUGCUCUUAGAGCAGAGCUGUUACAGAAAUCGAAUGAAGCUCAGCAGCAGCAAAAGAAACCCAUGACACCUACCCAUCCAAGCAAGAUUAGAGGAGGAUUCAGGGGCUUUGAUGAUAUUCCUUUGAAGGGUAUUCCAGGAAAGUCUAGUCCGAGUUUCCGAGCGUCCCAGUCCCCAGCCUUCAAUCGAAGCCUUCCGCUCAACAGAGCGCACGGUAGAAUGUCACUGAACAGAGAAGGAGGUACCAAGCUUCUGGACAUCAAGGAGCAACCCAUCGGCGGAAGCUCCCGAGAAGCAAAGAGGAGGAAGAAGCAAGCAGAACAAGAAGCAGCUGAGCAAGCUAAGAAGGAGAAGGAAGCUACAAUGCAACAGACUCCAGACUAUGCCGCAGCUCUUAUGUCCCCUGCUGUGAACAAGCCGGCAAAUGUGCCCACGACUCAAGCACCGGCGACCCCACAACCUGCUACUCCAUCCUAUGUACCGACGGUGACACUCACUAAACCUCCAACACCUUCUCUCCUCGGCUCUUUAGGUCAACCUUCGGGCACCACAGCUGCCAGAGAGAACCUACAACAACAGCUCCAACAGUCCCUUCAACAACAGAACCAGUUCCGUCCACCUGGCGUCACCACCAUCACAAGCCCGGCGCCCAGCACCGCAACUGCAUCGAGCACCAACCCGACACCGCCUGCACCUGCUACCACAGCCGAUGUCACUCAGAACCCAUAUGGAGCACCAAGCACCCUUGCAGCACCCAGUACCAGCCUUGGUACCACACCACAAGCUCCGACACCAUUCCAAGCACCUUCUGCACCCAAGCCAGCGCCAGCUGCUGCAGGUGGGGCGCCCCCUGCACCGACAAUGCAACCACCACAGCCCGCUCAACCUCCUGCUGGCCAGAAGAAGAAUCUCUCUCUCACGAAAGAGCAAAUGCGAGCUGCCCAGGAGAUGUUCAGACAGUCCAACAAAGUCACCAGGCCAGAGAAAGCUCUUAUACUUGGGUUCAUGGCCGGUGCAAGAGAGAAUCCAUGUCCACAGCAGGGUAACAUCGUCACGAUCAGACUGAGUGAGGACGUCGAGGUCGUCCGAAGCAACGAGACCAAGGAGGAGCAGACCAUGUCCGUUGAUACCUUCUUCGAGAUGAACUAUACCACUGGAGAAUGGUGGCGCUACAAGAAAUACAAGCCCAUCGCGUCGUGAGGAGAAUGGUAGAAACCUGCGACCAGUAUGAGACUAAGUGGAAGCGCUUUCGGUCCAAUUACUCCUGUGGUUACAAUUUCUAUGUGGACAAGUUCCUUUAUCUACAAGAAAUGCAAGUCCAUUGCUUUGUGAGAAGAAUAAUAAUUAAAUUGAAUAAUAAUUCUUACUUACCCAAGGUAGCCAAGGUUCUGCUCUCUUGAACUGUUCUCCAAACAGGGCCUGCGUAGCAUAAUGUUAUUUAUAAUUACCCUUCUCCAUUCUAAAAUGUUGAGCACCUGAGAAGAAGGCAGAAGGUCUCAUUUUUAAAGUCUCUGGUAUGACUCGGCCAGGAUCAAAGCUAUGACCUCCUGUUCAUGAGGCGGGAACUCUACCACUGACUCACCAAGAAGGGUUGCAAGUAAAGCGCGACCAAUGUCAAACUAUACCAAGUGAAAGAUCUUUUGGUCUUAUUACUCCAUUGACUAUCAAAUCAUAUGAUACUAGUAGGCUUUGAAUAGGGCCAACCGGCGUCAGUAGUCAACAGAUUAACUGCAGUGACUCUUCUAAACGGCUAGUCUCUGUUCCGUAAAUUGCAAGAAAUGAAAGCUCAUCAAGUUGUAAGGAGAAGGGUAGGGUUAGGGUUAGGGUUAGGGUUAGGGAGAUAUUAAAGGGGAAUCCAACCCAAAUAAAAACUUGUUUCUAGAGGAAAAAGAAAAAUCAGACAAGUUAAUAGGUGAAAGUUUGAACGAUAUCAGACAAACAAUAAGAAAGUUAUGAAUUUUUUUAAGUUGUAAAUAUUGGUAAUCACUAUACACAUGGAGACUUCAAAUUGGCUGCAUAUGUGAUGUCAUAGUGAUGUAAGGCAAGGACUAUUACAUGGAAUGGCUAAAAUGUCAUUUUAUUCAAAAGUUUUAUUUCAAAUCAUAUUUUUCUUUCAUGAGGACAUGAAACAGUAUACUACUUGGGUUAUAUUUAGAUUACUGCCCCAGGAGAAUGGGUACAAAUUCCUGAUAAUUAAGUACAUGGCCUAUGGGAAAGUUGUCCUUGCCCCUUGUCAUAAUUUACUUACCCAGUUGCCAAUUUCAAAUCUACAUAGUCUUAGGGAUCUAAAUUUUAAAACAGCCAUAACUUUCUUAUUGCUUGUAUGAUUUCUGUCAAACUUUCACCAUUCUGUCUUAUCUAUUUUUCUCCAUUCCAACACAACAUUUUAUGACCAAGGCUGGAUUCCCCUUUAACUGUUUCAAUAGGAAUCAAGAGCUAUUUAAUUCUUGCUUUCGACCAUAACCAAUGGUUCUCAGAUGUAGCCCUCCGUUUAAAUUUGCCGUUCACUUUGUGCACUGAACUAGAAAUUGUAUUUCUUGUUCAUCGAUGUGUGACCCAACAACUUCUGGGGCCCAUCUUACAAAGAGUUGCAAUUGAUCCGAUUAAUUGUAACUAUGGAAAGCCAGCAACGUCAACAUCUAAAAUGUGCUUUGUGCCGAGACCGUUUAGAUCUAACGACUCGUCUCGAACGACCUGUGGUAUCCUCCUGAGGCACUCCAGAUUUUGGGCAGAUCUAAACGGUGUAUUACUAACAAUUGUCUGAUGUGUGACAUACGUCACUAGGGGAAUAUGGAAUACGAGCUCUCUUAUUUCACUGGGUGGAGCUUAGCAAGUUAAAAAAUAUUCUGUUUAGAGUUUUCUAAAAAAAUCAAUGAAACAUAUUUCAUUACUGAAAUAGCGAUAUAAGUAGGAGUUUGUACUUAGGACUGUACUUCAAUAAGGAUCAACAUUAAUUUGGAUGGCUUGGACCCUUUUACAUUGAUGUACAUGUACCUGCUAAAUUUUCGCAUUAAUCUAUAGUAAUAUUCCUAUUAGUGGGUAUAGAAAUUUACGAUUUGUAGUGAAUGGGAAAUUUGAGAAUGUUCCCAUUUCUGGAAAUAUGUUAGUAAUUUGUUCCUAUUUCUUGGCUGUCAGGUAACUUUGAUAUCAAUGAGAACAUCAAUCUAAGCCUUUGAUAUUGUUUGAUAAGAUGUAGAUAUGUUCAAUCCAUACUGAUGACUCAAGCUAUGUGUAUGCUGUCGUAGUGCAUGUCUGUAAAAUAUUAUUUGUACAAAAUAUUGUAAAUAAAAUUCAAACAGGAAAUCACAUGUA